AUGAACCAAAAGUACUGGACUAAUACAGUCCACAAACUUUCCUCAUUUAUCAAAUCCCCGAAAUUGCAAUCCAUCAGCCAAAAUGUCAUUGAUGCCCGUAUCAUUAAAACGGGUUUUAACCCUGGAACAAGCCGUACUAACUUUCAAAUGGAAAAGCUCAUCAAAAAUGGUCAGCUUACGAUGGCACACCAAUUGUUUGAUGAAAUGCCUAACAGAAAUAUUUUCUCUGUAAACACCCUCAUUUCGGGUUAUGUAAAGUCUGGGGAUCUUGUUACUGCAAGACACUUGUUUGAUCGUGUGAUCGCUAGAAACACUGUUACAUGGACCAUUUUGAUUGGUGCUUACGCCAAAUAUGGCUCCCCUAUGGAUGCUUUCAAGCUCUAUGUGGAUAUGUAUAGCUCUAUGAUUAUGCUGGAUACUGUUAUUUUUGCCACAUUAUUGUCGGGUUUUGAUGAUAGAAAAUAUAUGAAUCAAAUGAUCCAAGUUCAUACCCACGUUGUAAAAUUGGGAUUCCAAACAGCCCUUAAUGUGUCGAAUACUUUGGUGGAUUGUUAUUGCAAGUGUCAUUGCUUGGACUUGGCUUUUAGGGUCUUUGAUGAAAUGUCAGAAAGAGAUUCUGUUACUUUCAAUGCAUUGCUUACUGGGUAUGCAAAUGAUGGGAUGAAUGAGGAAGCUGUUGAUCUGUUCUUGAAAAUGCUGAAAAUGGGUUUCAGACCUUCUGAAUUUACCUUUACUGCUGUAUCAAGUACCUGUAUCGGGUUAGGGAACUUAUUUUUCAGCAAGCAAAUUCAUGCUUUUGUAAUGAAGACCAACUUCCAUUGGAACAUUUUCGUAGCGAAUGCUUUGCUUGAUAUGUAUUCAAAGCAUGAUCAAGUACAAGAAGCCGAGAAACUUUUUGACGAGAUGACUGAGAUUGAUUGUGUUUCGUACAAUAUUAUCAUAUCUGGCAAUGCUCGGGAAGGGAAGUAUGAGAAGUCUCUUGCCCUUUUCCAGGAGUUGCAGGGCACAAAAUUUGACAGGAAGAACUUUCCCUUUGCUACUAUGUUAAGUAUAGCAGCUGACACUGCUAAUUUAGAAAUGGGUAGACAAAUUCAUUGCCACAGUAUUGUGACAAGCGCAUUGUCGGAACUUAAAGUAGGAAAUGCACUCCUAGACAUGUACGCUAGAUGUGGGCGGUUUGAUGAAGCCAAUCUGAUUUUUCAGAAACUCUCAGGUGAAGACACAAUCCCUUGGACAACAAUGAUGUCCGCUCUUGUACAAAACGGGUACCAUGAACAAGCGAUGGAUGUAUUCAUUGAAAUGUGCAGGGCGAAUGUAAACCCAGAUCAGGCCACGUUUGCCAGUAUCUUAAGAGCUACAGCAAGUUUAUCCUCACUCUCGCUGGGAAAACAACUGCACGCUUUGAUAUUGAAGUCGGGAUUCAUUUCCUAUAUGCAUUGUGGAAGUGCAUUGCUUGAUAUGUAUGCAAAAUGUGGUUCAAUGAGAGAUGCUGUCAAAACUUUUCGAGAAAUGCCUUAUAGAAACACCGUCACAUGGAAUGCCAUGAUCUCUGCCUAUGCUCAGAACGGAGAUGGUGAAGGCGCGAUCGAAUUAUUUGAGGAAAUGAUUUCAACCAGUCUUUCUCCCGAUCAAAUAAGUUUUCUUAAUGUCCUCACUGCUUGUAGCCAUUGCGGCCUUGUUGAUCAAGGAUUGAGGUAUUUCAAUAACAUCACUGAGUUGCACAAAAUGGAGCCUAGACGAGAGCAUUAUAUAGCAAUGGUUGAUAUCUUGUGCAGAAAUGGGCGGUUUGGACAAGCCGAAAAACUGAUGGCUGAAAUGCCCUUCAAGCCCGAUGAGGUUAUGCUCUCAUCGAUUUUAAACUCGUGUAGGAUCCAUAAAAACCAUGAGCUAGCGAAAAAAGUUGCAGAACGACUAUUCGAGAUGGAGGUGAAAGAUGCUGCUGCUUAUGUGAACAUGUCUAACAUCUAUGCAGUAGCAGGCGAAUGGGACAAAGUUGUAGUAGUGAAGAAAGCGAUGAGACGACAAGGAGUAAGGAAGGCGCCCGCUUACAGUUGGGUGGAAAUUAACCAUAAGAUGCAUGUUUUUUCUGCAAAUGACAGAGCUCAUCCAAGAUGGAAAGAUAUCAGAAGAAAAAUCGAGUCUUUAUCUAAAAGAAUGGAGGAAGAAGGCUAUAAACCAGAUACGAGCUGUGCCCUUCAUAAUUGGGAUGAAGAUAUCCGAGCAGAAUCGCUGAAAUACCAUAGCGAACGCAUAGCUAUAGCAUUUGCAUUGAUCAGCACUCCAGAAGGUUCACCCAUAUUAGUGUUUAAGAAUCUCAGGGCUUGUUCUGAUUGCCAUGCAGCCAUCAAGAUCAUCUCUAAGAUAGUUGGAAGAGAGAUUAUAGUUCGAGAUUCUAGUCGAUUUCAUCAUUUUAAAGAUGGGCAUUGCUCUUGUCGUGAUUAUUGGUGAUUUCGUAUAUGGGCAGCCAAUUUCGAUGGGUGUUAAAAAGUCUUGUUUAGCACAGGAAAGAAUGGUGGCAAAAGCGUGUAGUCCUUGUUGUCAAGUUACUUCUUGAUACUUAAGUUUUUCUUGAUCAGACUCUUCAAUGAAAACGAAUGAAAGCGUGUAAUUCCACUGAAAAUUGUUGCCAACAAUUUACAAUCAAUAAAUUAUUUCAUCAAAGAUUGAGAAAAUACAAAA